AUGCAGCAGGUGCUAACACUUCUUCGUAACCGUCGCGCCUGCGCACUGCAUGGCCCCAAGGGCAUCGGCAAGAGUGCCAUGGGCAUCGAGGUGGCACGCUUUGCGGCCAGUCCCGGCAGGCUCUUUUCGGGCAACGUGCUGCAUGUGAGAGUAGAUGACAAGAGCUCCGCUCUCAAAGUAAUCAAAGAAUCUGUCGACUUCUUCGCGGCCAGGCAUAUGCCCAUGGAGCCGCACGGGGAGAGUGGGCGCACCGUGUGGCAGCUGCAGCAACUCGAGCGGUGUAGACCUACACCCAUGCUCCUGGUCUUAGACGACGAGUGCCAUGCACUGCAACUGCCAGUCCUGCGAGGCCUGCUAGCCGAAGCGCUGCGCAAGACCCACAGGCUGGUGCUGCUUCUGUGCUCCACCACUCCGCUGCACGAAUCACUGGGCUCCACGAAAGUAGUGAACGUGGAGCUGACCGGCCUGGAUGACGCCCGCAGCGCCUCGCUGCUGCUGCGGCGCGUGCAUCGCCCGCUGAGCCCCGGGGACUUCCUCGAGGCCGAGGGCAUCUCCGAGGCGCGGCACGUGGCACCUGGCUGA